CCACAAUUCGAACUUCUACCUGUUUUUCACUUACAAUUAUAGCUGUUAACGAACGUAAUAUGGCGUACGCAAAAUGCUGUCUCAGAUGACCAGGGCUUUCACAUGACCACACAGGUGGCGGCCCCUUGCCAUAACCCGCAUGCAAUUUUGUCUAGUAUUAGACCAAUUGCAUGGUACCGGGCCAGGUUACGGGCUGAGCAAACUUCGCGUCUCGUCGGCGCAGCCUCACGACCCGGAAGCUUGCAAAGUGACACCACCACCUCGCCUGUCCGAACAAGCCUUAACAACGUAGUUAGCAUCCAACACGUUGUGGAUAUUGAAUCGGAAUUACUUAGGCUUCCGCAGCCGCAACGUCUGGCUCCGCCAGUCUCGCUUAUAGCGCCCCCCAACCGCCCCCCAAUUCCCGCUCAGCUCACCACCCUCCAGCCACCCGCACCUCGGUCCCUCCCUGCCUCCUCCUCCCCUCCACCACCCACACCAUCCCAACCACCCGCAAACCCAAAUCGCGGCAUCCUCCGCCGCCUUGACCCAACCGGCAGCCAUGGUAAUCUCAAUUCCAAUGUGCCCCACAACAAGGGCAGCAGUCGCGACUCGGCCCUAUCGCCGCCCCCAAGACCGCACAACCCACAACACAACAGAAACUAUCAAGUUCUGCGGACUGGGAGCCACAGCGGCAGGCGCAGGCCGCUACAAGAGGCGCAAGUGGAGCUGGGAGGCGCUGAGACGCGCUCCACAACGACCACAGAUGCUCCUGGUAUGGUCAUGAGCAAGGCUGCCUGCUUAGCGGCCCUCUCACGCCUCGCCUUCCCUCCCGCUACCACCACCACCACACCCACCCGCACCAUCACCACCUCCUGCGCCGCCUCCUCCUCUUCCGCCGCAUCAUCAGCAGCGCUCUCCCGCACCCCCUCCCUCCACCACUGUCACGCCAGCACCACCACCAGCCGCUCGGACCUGGACCCCCUGCUGCUCCACUCGCUGCUGCACCACUGCAGGUGCGGCGGGGGGUGUGGCGGGGCGGGGGGUGACGCCAGCAGCAGCAGCGACAACAGUGCCGGCAGCAACUGCAGCAGGGACAGCAGUGCCAGCGGUGACGGCAACGGCAGCAGCGAUGGUGGGAUGUCGCUUAGCCAGCUGCUGCGAAUCAGUCGGCAGCUGCUCAAGGUGGUGAGGCCGGGGCCGGGGUCGGGCCCUCCCAGGCGGAUACCAAGAGGUGUUUGCAGGUCGCAUGCAGCAGCAGCUGAAGAGGAGGUGGAGGAGGUGGUGGAGGAGGAGGUGGAGGGCCCGGCAGGCGGGAGUAGCACGGUGCUGCUGGAGCUGCUAGAUGCGAUUGCGGGUGCGGCGGCGGGUCAGGUUGAGGAGUCGCUCAUAGCAGGGGUUCAGGCGGUGCAGGCAGCUGAGGAGGAGCAGGAGCAGCAUCGGCGGCGGAUGCAGCAGCAUCAGAGCCCCGGCAGUAUCAGCAGUGGCUCGGCCUCAGCGUCAUGUGUCACAGCGUUGCGUUUGCUUCACCUCCUCGUGAAGAUGGGUAACAGCGGCGGAAGCGGAAGCGGCAUGCAGCGUCUGACGGAGGCAGCGGCGGCGGCUGCCGUACGGUACUGCCUAGUGACGUCACUCGACGUACGGCUGCUGCAAGAUCUGAUCUGGGCGCUUGGCAAACUGGAUCCGUCGUACCACUCCUUGCCGCCUGUACGGCAGCUGCUAACGGAACUAACCGCAAGACUAGCCGAGCCCGGCCUCCUGACGGGUAUGGCUCCUGUUGGUUUGUCAAUGGUGCUGUACGGCAUGGGUAAAGUCGGGCUGCCGUACACUGAUCUGAAUGUACGACAAGCCGUGUGCGACGCGGUUGCGGUUGCGGCGGCGGCGCCUGAUUGCUCGCCGCAAGCCCUCGCGAACAUGGCUUGGGGUCUGUCUCGAACGGUGCGCGCCGCACUGACCCUCAACCCAACAACGCAGUCGUCGUCACCUGUGCCGUCCCUCGCCUCCACUGCAGCAGCAGCAGCAGCACCACCACCACCACCAGAGCUACCAAGGGGAAGCUUACCAACAACGUCAAUGACGGCAAAAGCUGCCCCAAAAUCAGCUUCCCCAACCUGUUCUGUUCCAACGGUUCAGUUCCCACCGACCGUACAGCAGGCAUCGCAUGGAGCGCUAGCAGCUGUCGCGCCUGUUCGAAUUCCGCCGGGCGGUAUCGCCAUGCAAGCAAACCGCCCCGCCCACGCCGCCCAACUGCCGCACCCUUUGUCUGCUACUGUCCUUACACAUGAUCACCCGAACGACAAUCUUCUUGUUGGCACCGCAGCUGCGGGUGACCCAACCGGGACCACGGACCCCACCAUCCCAGCCCUAAACCGCGCCUUAGUAGCCCUCACAGAGGCCUCAGAACGUACCCUGCCGGACUUCAAACCGCGUGAGAUGGCCAACCUGCUAGGCGCGCUAGCAGCACUGGGCGCCUUGGGACCGACCCAUGCCGACCCGCGGGUCACUCGGCUGCUCGCCGCCAGUCGGCGUUACGUACGGCGCCGGCUGCACGACAUGGAGUCACGUGAUCUGGCGGAGGUACUGUAUGCGUACGGCACGGCGGUUGCGCGGCAGGAGGUGGCGGAGGAGGCUGCCGAGGAGGAGAUGAUGAUGGUGAGGAUGGCGAUGAUGGGAGGGGAUCUGGCGGCUGUUAGCAGGAGGACCUUUGUCGCCCAAAGCAGCAGCAGCAGUAGCAGCGGUGGGCAUGAUGCUCAGCAGCGCAGCGGCAACGGCAGCGGCGACUCUACUGUUGCCCGUGGAGAAGAUGAAGAUGAAGAUGAUGAUGAUGGCGGUAACAACACGGCGUUUUGGCGUGCACUCGAGCAGCGCUGUGUGGCGGUGCUGCCGGGCUGCGGGUCCUACCAGGUGGCCACCCUGGUGUGGGGCUUUGCACGGGCGGGUCGGCCGGCUGGGCCGCUGGCGGCGGCGGUGGUGGGCGCGCUGGCGACUCGGUGGCCCCCUGGGGCUUGGCGGCGAGCAGGAGAAGAGGAAGAGCCGCAGGAGCGGGAGGGUCACAAAGAGCAGCGGGAGCAGAAGGAGCAGCAGCAGCAGCAGGAGCAGGAGGUAUACAAAGAGCGGCAACAGCAGGAGCGGGAGGGUUACCAAAAGCAGCAGCAACAGCAGCAGCAGCGGAGCGGGGGACGGGGUGGGAAGCCGAGUGCGUUGGUGUUGGAUUUGGAUUCGCCGGCUGAGCUGCCCGCCAGUCAGCUCGUGCGGCUGCUGUGGGGGCUGGCUAGGUGGCGUGUGGGGGUGCCCCCACCGGCCCUGCGGCGGGUGUGCGGGGUGCUGCGGCGGCGACUGGGGGAGUUCGACACACAGGCCCUGCUGCUCACCACCUGGGCCCUCGCCUCCCUCGGCUGCCCCACCCACCCCGUCCUGCAAGCCCUAGCCGACCGCCUACGGCUCUCCGCGCUGCCCUCCCUGCAGCCGCCGCAGCUGCCGCUAGCCCUCUGGGCGGUCGCCAAGGCCAUGCAAGCAGAGACACGUGGUGGCAGCGGAGGCGGCGGCGGUGGCGGUGGCGGCAGAGGUGUAGAUCUGGGGGGCGGUUUGGCGGUUGUGCGGCUGUUCCAUGCAGCUCGGGGGCCGCUGCUGGCUGCACUGCCCAGGCUGCGGCCGCAGGGUCUGGCGAUGGCG